AUGUCGCUUUUUGCAGAGCUGACUGUUGGGAAAGUCAUAACUCAUGGAGGAGGGUUGGGGGAAAAGAUAAACAAGGAAAAAGAGCAUUGGAGGAAUGUAAUAGUAAGAAUUAUUGCUGUAGUUAAAAAUCUUGCAAAAAAUAAUUUGGCAUUUCGUGGCACAAAUGAGAAGAUUUAUCAAGAUAACAAUGGUAAUUUUUUAAGUUUAAUUGAAAUGAUUGCAGAAUUUGAUCCUAUAAUGCAAGAACACCUUAGACGUAUUCAAAAUGGUGAAAUUCAUAAUCAUUACCUUGGUCAUAACAUACAAAAUGAGUUAAUAAAUAUAUUAAGAUUAGAAAUAAAAAAUAUUAUAAUUACAAAAAUAAAAGUGGAUGAUACAUCAGGAAAAUGUCUUUUUGAUAUGCUUAUUGGUGUAAUAAAAAAUUUUGAACUUGAUAUAAAUGAUAUAAGAGUACAAGGAUAUGAUAAUGGGUCUAAUAUGAAAGUGCUAUAA